AUGAACAUCGAACCAAGUGUGCUAAUUAUCGGUGCCGGUGCUGCAGGAAUCGCAGCCGCCACUCGACUCCUUGAGCAAGGAUUCCGUAACAUUACCAUCCUGGAAGCGGAAAACAGAAUCGGUGGACGGAUCCAUUCCGUACGGCGAAACGCGAACGUACUCGAUUACGGAGCACAAUGGGUUCAUGGGAAAGAAAACAACUUCAUCUACGAUAUGGCAGCCGAGUAUGAUCUGCUUGAAGUGGAGAAACACAAGGAAACCGAUCUGUACUACAAAUCGUCCGGCAAAAUGGUGUCGAAGGAAACGUCAGACAAAAUGAUGGAUACUUUCUACCGGCUGCUGGAUGAAAACACCGAAAGCCUGAGGAUGUUCCCGGGCUCGCUGGGUGCGUUCUACGAUCAGGUGUUCCAUGAUGCUGUGCGUGGCGGAAUGUUUGACGGCAUCGACCGGCAAACGUGUUAUCAGCUGUAUCAGUUCUUUAUCAAGUACCACAACACCUAUAACGCCACGGACACACUGCACGAGGUAUCCGGAGCCGGGCUGCUCGAGUUCGAGGACAAUCAAGACGAAUUUCUGAUUAACUGGAAGAAUCGUGGUUUUCACACGAUCCUCGAUUUGCUCAUGCGCAAACUCCCGGAACAGAACGCCACACCUAUUCCAGUUGAGAAUUACACCAAGUUCAACCACACUGUACAGUCGAUCGAGUGGAAUCCAAAGCCACAACACCGACAGAACGACGUCCACCACCGGGUCUCGGUGAGGUGUACAAAUGGUGCCAUCUUCCACGCCACCCAUCUGAUCGUCACCGUAUCGCUGGGCGUUCUGCAGAACAUGCACACGCUCUGGUUCGAUCCACCACUACCCGAUCGGAAGCGGAACGCGAUCGAGGGCCUUUACAUCGGUACGAUCGAUAAAAUGUUUCUUGAAUUCGAGCAUCCAUUCUGGCCGCAAGACAAUUCCUGGAACGGAUUCGGGCUCCUGUGGGAACCGCGUGACCUCGAGGAAUUGCGCCGUGAUGGUCGCCAGUGGCUGCAAAGUGUGUGCAGUUUCUUCGUCCCGGAUCGCACGGAGCGGCUGCUGGUGGCAUGGAUUUAUGGCAACGAUGCACGAACGAUGGAAGCGCUACCCGAGACGGAAGUGAUCGAAGGACUCAUGUACUUGUUGCGCAAAUUUCUAACCCACUUGCAAGUGCCUGCAUCUGGACCGUGUUGGUUCUCACGUAGCCGGUGGUACAGCAAUCCGAAUUUCCGUGGCUCUUACAGCAGCCGUUCGAUGCAAUCAGACGCCAUGCGUGCCACGGCUGAGGAGUUGUCGAAGCCGCUAGUCGUGGCGAACGUACGGGAGGCGGGGGACGGACACGGACAAACCCCGGUGGUACAGUUUGCAGGAGAAGCAUCGCAUCCACGGUUCUACUCCACUGUUCAGGGAGCUGUCGGAAGUGGUUGGCGAGAGGCCAAUCGUCUUAUUGCCCUUUACGCUGAUUGCUCAACCAACUACUCUAACUUGGACGGUCUAACUCUGCUCAGCAAGGGAAAACUGUAA